AUGAAUUGGCGUCCACUGCUUGCGUUCACUGGCCUCCUUGUGCCUUCGGUCCAUGCAGUGAUUCGGUUCGGCUGUGCUCAACUUGUUACUCAGCGUUUCGACCCGUUGGUUACGCCAGGCCAAGUUUCUCCUCAUGUCCAUCAAAUCGUCGGAGGGAAUGCUUUCAACAUUACCAUGGACCCGAGCCUGGACUUGCCGAACCUGGCGACGUGCACAACCUGCCGAUUCAAGGAAGACAAGUCGAACUACUGGACGGCAGUGAUGUACUUCAAGCAUCCGAACGGCAGCUUCAUCCGCGUGCCUCAAAUUCCCAACCACUACACAGGCGCUCCCAACGGAGGCAUGACCGUCUACUACAUCCAGCCUCCUAACUUCGAACGUGUUACUGCUUUCAGGCCGGGUUUCCGCAUGAUCACUGGAAAUCCGAUGCUCCGCAAUUACGAUAAAUUCGAUCCUGAGAGUCCUGAGGCCUACUCUGUGUCCUUCAGAUGCUGGGAAACUACCGGGUUCUUCGACGAGUCCAACAUGUCGGCUCCAGGUGUCGGAAACUACGACACUGUCCAUCUGCCCAACAAGAAGUGCGCGGGUGGUAUUCGUGCUAACAUUUUCUUCCCGUCGUGCUGGGAUGGCAUCAACCUCGAUACUCCCGACCACAAGAGUCACGUCGCAUUCCUGACAGGCAAGGUUAACAGCAGCACAGGCCUCUUUUUCCGGAGCGGCACUUGCCCGUCCACACAUCCUGUCAGGAUUCCGCUUCUUUUCUACGAGACCUACUGGGACACGAGGCCGUUCAACGACAUGUGGCCUACCGACGGCAGCCAGCCAUUCGUGCUCAGCAUGGGAGACCCGACUGGGUAUGGACACCACGGUGACUACGUCUUUGGGUGGGAGGGCGACUCGCUCCAAAGGGCAAUGGACAACUGCCGCGAUGCUUUUGGUGACCCGUCGACUUGCGCAUCGCAGCUCACAAUCCUUCCGGACGCUGAAAUGAACAGCUGUACUCAAAAGCCCCAAGUGAACGAGAGGGUCGACGGAUACCUUGACAAGCUGCCGGGAUGCAAUCCUAUUCAACCCGGUCCUGCCUCUGCGACCAUGAUCGCAAAUUGUGACGCUGUCUCGACGACAGGAUUCUCCCCAGCUCGCACUGCUGCUCCAGCACAGGUUACCGCCGCCGUUUAA